UUUCUUUCCUUUCUUUCUCAUCAAUCCACUCCAUUGAUGCAAUCCACCCUUUUACCUGAAAGAACAUUACGCAUUUGACUCAUCUUGGAACCCACACCAGAAAUGAGGAAUCAGAAGCUGAAAGGUCCUCUCUUUAUCUUCUGCAAUCUUUUCUCUGCACAUUUUCUACGCCGUAAAUGUUAUACUCCGUACAGUAUUCAUGUGCAGAGGAAACUGGAUGCUUAUUAACGAAAAUGUAUGUAAAACUAACAGCAACACCCACAGAACAGAGGUAUCUCCAUGAAUGUGGAGGUUUUUUUUUUGAAAAAAAAUGUCAUUUUAUUGAUCAGAGGGUUUGAAUAUUUGGGCUUCAUUGAAGGUCUUCUUCUCUUCAUGCACACAUGGGUUUUGACAAUAAUCUGUAGCAGAGUUUCUUUCAAUAAUUUGGGGCUUUUAAAACAAACAAACAGAGAAGAAAAGAAAAACCUGCAAUUCUGCAUUUGCUAGCUAUAUUUCUGUGUGGGUAUUUAAUUUAUUUUAUUGAUGUAAAAUCGCAAUGCAUGAUACUAAGACAAAUAGCUGUGGUGUGGGGGCCGGGUAUAACAGGAAUGGAAGAUAGUGAUAAGAAGAAGGGGUUAUGGCUGCCAGACAGCAUAAUGGCAGAUAUACUGUGCAGAUUGUCCUCAAAAGAACUGGCCAGGCUGAGGUUCGUUUCGAAGGAAUGGCAGUCCAUCGUCUCCGAUCGGACAUUCGUCUCACUUCAUCUCACCAUGAAACGACGACGUCCCAAAGAGAAGCUCUCUGGAUUCUUCCUCCAAGGAAGGCACUAUUGGUGCAAUGAGGACAUCAAAUCUGUGAGCUACAUGGCGUCUUCCGACGAUGGCGUCAGAAAGGCGGCAGAGAAGAGCGUGCUGAGCUUUCUCCCGGAAGAGGUGGUCAUUCUUUCCUCCACUCAAGGCCUUCUCUGCUGCCGGAGCCUCUUCCUCUCACCUUAUUCUUCUCAGCCCCGUCUGGUCUAUGUCUGCAACCCUCUCACAAAGGAAUGGACUUCUCUUGAAUGGCCUCACCCUCCUCAAGAAAAAGAAACCAGCACUGCCUUGGUUCUCCACCUCUCCAUUUCCCCUACUCAUGUUUCCACAGAUUUUCAUCUCGUUUCAGUUUGCCAAAGAGUAGCCACCGCAAUGACUGAUUUGGGGAAUGACCAGGAGGAAGAUGAAGACGAUGAUGAGUUCGAGUUCCGGUUCAAGACAUACUCAUCCCGAACGAAAGAAUGGCGAGAGUCGAAAGAGGUGUGCAUUUGCAGCAAGAAGUUGCAGAAAAAGGGGUGUAGUGUGGGUGGGGAAGGUGGCGGAAUCAUAUACUGGCUGACAGUGGAUAACCGUGUGCUCAUGUUUGAUUUUAGGAAUGAUCUUUGUUGGAUGAUCAAGGCACCUUUUCCGUCUUCGGAGCUGAACUUCACACCCGGGGUGUGUUUGGGAGAAGGAGGUGAUGAUGGGAGGCUGAGGUAUGUGCUGAUUUCCCAGGAUGGGUUCAUGGUUUGGGAGCUGGAUGAUCAGUUUGCAUCCGUUUGGUCACUCAAAUACUUCAUAGCUCCUGAUGAGCUGGAGAAGGAGAAUCCUGAAAGCAUGUUUCGCAUCUCCAAGAUGCUGCAGUCUCAUCUCACUAUUGAGUCGGGUCCUUGGAUCAAUCCUUUGUCUUUCAAGGAUUCAACUCUGCUGCUGUGGAUAUCUCCUGAUAUCUAUGUGUUUGACUUCGAAACGCGGAAGGCGAAAUUGCUAUGCCCGGAAUCCGCUUUAGGACCGAGCUCUUGUUUAUCCCCAAUUGUCCUUCCUUACACCAUGAGUUUGGUUCCUUUAGGUUAACCACACAUCAUAUAUAUACAUAUGAAGAGAAGUGCUGGAAGGAGUGUUCCUGUGAUCUGUUUUGGUCUCAUUGUCAAACUUUACCAGCAGCCAUUUUGUUGAUCACAAGGGGCGGGCAUGCAUUCAAUAGCUGCUGCUUUUUUGCUCACUACCUUAGUAAAGUGCACCACUGCACAUAUAUAUAUAUAUAUUUAGACAUCUCAAAUUAGCUCAAGUAACUUGCUUAUUUUGAACUAGAGUCCUAAGAAAGGCAGGUUGACACACUUUUUUGUACUCACUACCAAUUGGAGAAUUAGUCAUUGGGUAGAGUUUAAUUUUUGCAUUUGGUAGCUCCCACGUGGUUUGUUUGGAUUAUUACUUCUUUCGGAGUACUAUAAACGCUAGAAAAUGAUGUGCAAAGCUUGAUUUAAAAAAAUGUUGGCUUACGCCUUUUUGC